AUGACAGACUCAGGAAGGCCUGAGAGGCGCACGCUGUGUUUUUUAUCUACAUUGCUUUCCCAGAAUGUUCCUGAGAAGUCAGACGUCAUGCUCCGCUGCAUAAUAUCUGGUCAGCCCAAGCCAGAGGUAACUUGGUAUAAGAAUGGUCAAGCCAUAGAUGACUGUGGCAUUGUUUCCUGUUAUGAAUUCUUUGAGAAUCAGUAUAUUCACCUGUUACACCUCUCACGCUGUACCCCAAAUGAUGCUGCUGUUUAUCAAAUCUCAGCUAAGAACUGUUUUGGGAUGAUCUGCUGCUCUGCUUCUGUUGAGGUUAAGGUGUCAGAGCACUCACAACUGUCUCCUGUCUUGGAAGAUGACAGGGACACAGGUUGGAAACACGAAACAGGCUGGACAUAUGAAGAAGAAAGUGCAAAUCAACUUGAUGAGAAAGAAAGUCCUCACAAGGAAACGGAAAGCACUUUCCUGGCCACUCCCACAGCAGCUGGCUCCUCCCCCACCAAAUCCAUCCAUUCCCGUUCAACCCAGUUAUUGGCCGAUAAUGACAUUCGGGCAUCCAGUUCUGACAAUCCUUUGGAUGUUGAAAGAACAAAGCAAACUGAAGAGGCUCAUGACCCAGGUAACACAGAAGAAAUUGCAGACGGAUUGCUCUUCCUUAAGUCAAAUAAUACUCCCCCAAACCAAGAUGUAUGUGGCCCCGGGACAGUGAAUUCCCAGCUAUCCAGGUUCAUGGAUGAUAGCCUGAGCAAUGACGGCCCUAAUGAUGAAGUAUUAAACGCUAAUCAUCAAAAUCCAAAAGUACAGAAAUACAUUAGCCUCAGCCUCCCGCUGUCUGAGGCAACUGCACACAUUUACCCAGGUGACGGUGCCACGGUCAACAAACAACACGGCCCACAGGUUUCCAGUGAAGACUCUGACAGUGACUAUGAACUUUGCCCAGAGAUAACCCUAACCUACACCGAGGAGUUUUCAGAUGAUGACCUGGAGUAUCUGGAAUGUUCCGACGUUAUGACAGAUUACUCUAAUGCAGUUUGGCAAAGGAACCUGCAGGGGACUGAGCAUGUUUUUUUAUUAGAAAGCGAUGCCGAGGAGAUGGAAUCCAGCGAGUGUUGCCUGGGUGGGUGUGAGCAUCUCCUCAGUGGAAUGGGUUGUGGGCCUCGGGUGUCGGGUGACAUCAGGCCUAUGGAUGCCACCAGUGGCUUCUGUGGUUAUCACUCACAACCCCAACAAGUGGGGGUGAGGAGGGGCAGAGCCUCCACACUCAGUCCCACAUUCCCACAAACAGAGAUGACUCUCACGUUGGGACCUCACCAGGAUGGGACAUCGGUGGUGACCGAACAGGGGAGAUAUAAACUCCCCACUGCUUCUGAGGCUGCUGAAAAUGAUUAUCCAGGCAUUCAAGGAGAAAACAGAGACAGACCCCAAACAAGAGAGGAAUUCUCCAGUGACAAUCAACUGAACAUGGAUGAAGCAGUGGCAGAGACGGAGACGAAGCCCUUGUCUAGUGAGUUAGAAAAAUCGGGGAUGAACCAAUGCUCAGAGACCACGGCUGAGAAAAGAGGAGAGGAAAAGGAAGUAUGGAGCAAAAGGGGCUCACAGAAACCCGCCAGGGUGAGGCGACUGGGCAUUAAAGGAAAAGCCAAGAAGCUGAGCCCCAGCCUGAAAGAAAGGGCAGCAGACGGCUCCCUUCCGCCCUGCUGUCCCAGAGAACCUGCUAAGCGCCCACUAACCCGGACAGAUGAAAGAGGCAUUUCUCACGGCAGAGCAGAAGCUACUGAUUGGAAUUCCCACUUCCCUGCUGGAGGAUGUGCUAUUUCAAACCACACAGAGCAGGAAGCAAACCCCCUUCAAACUCCAACAGACUCAGUCCCCAAAGAAGGGAAUGCACAUUUCGAGGGAGAAGGAAUGUGGGUUAAUAAUCUAUUUGAAACAAGCCAAGUUCCAGACCUCACUGAUCAUCCUCAGGUGCAAAUUCAGGAAAUGGUCAGGGAGAGAAGCCAGAUGCCAGCUUUCUCAGAGCCUGCUGGGGAGGAGUUUCCAUUCACUGGGACCACAGCAAAUUCUUUCCCCAGCUUAGGAGGCAUCCAGCAGGAAAACACAUCACUGGACCACUCCCUGCAGGUCGAAGGCUGUGUCCAAGGCCCACAGCACAAAGAAAAACAAGACAGAGAAGGCAACACACCUGAAGAUUUCUGGGAAGGCCUAAAACAUGAGCUUAGCUACCCAGGACCCAGUGAGGAAACUAUGUCCCCAGGUGCAAUCUCAGGACAUCCCCCCCAGGGAGCCAGCACUGACCUCAGGGAGCCUGCGGCUCCGUCUGUUGCUGCCCCUGAACCCAUAGAUGCUGACAUCACUCUGGAAGAUGAGCACGAUGGGCCAAGGGGCAGAGAAGCAGUGUGUGUGACAGAGUGCCCUGAAGCCGAUGGCCAAGGAACAUGUGAUGCCAUGGAGUCUCCUGGGGGGGUGCCAACUGAUAAAUAUUUACCUCAAGAAAUUUGCUCCAUGGACUUUGAGCUGGCAGGGGGGCAUAGCGAAGUGUCUGAUUUAUGUUCUCCUGAUGCCAAGACAUUGGUCCUCUUUCAAACACAAGGUGCUGAGUGUCCACAGUCUCCAUGUGGGGGCAGUGAGGAUGGAAACUCAGCUGGGUCCCCUCUUUUUGUCAGCACUUUCACCUGGAACAUUUCACGCCAAGCCAGUGACGGUGAAAGUCUAGCUGAUGGGGAGAAUUCCUGUUUCACAUUGGCCUCCACGGUACAGGCUGGCCAGGAGAGGCCGAGCCCUGGCAACUCCACUGGGCCUGAGGAAAUACAGCUCCUUUCUUCUGAGAGCAGCUCUUUCAUGCCAUCAAAAGACGGAGGUGACAGGAGCCCCAGUACCAUUGCCACAGACACGACAGACAUGCCAGCCAGCCAUAGAUCCACGGUGAAGUUCCCUCAGGAGACGCCAACAUUAACCACUGAUAUUGAGUGUCUCCAAGUAACCAGGGAAACUGAGGACCCGUCAACUAUCAGCAUUGCCACCAACGUCCACCCAGCCAAAUACCUUGCUGUUUCAAUUGCAGAGAGCAAGCCUGCAGGGGGCGCUGAGGAGAGUGUACCUCAGACACCAGAUGAAAAGAUUCCCCAAUCUCCUUCCAGCGUACAGUGGGGUCAUAUUUUAAGUGGUUCCACAACAAAAUCUACAAAAGAGCUACUUUGCAUGGUGCCCAGGGUGCCAGGAGUGUGUGGCCAUGUUCCCUGGCCCCUGGAGGAAGAGGGAUCCUGUGACAUUCCCCCUCUGCAGGUGGAUGACCUAUUUGGAAGGAAGAGCCAGACUGUGGACAGAGCAGACAAUAGGAGCCUUGAUGAAAAUUUCCCAGAAAGAGGUGAAAUGGAGCAGCGGGCCCAGCAGGACGGUCUGCCCCCGUGGGGCUCCGUUUCUGCACCCGAGUCCCAAGGCAGCUGGCUCACAACAUUUGCUGCUCAUGAGGAAAUAAACUUGAUGCCCUCGGGCCACUCACCAGCAAGCUCUAGGGAAGAAAUGGGGCAGAACUCAGGAGUGGGGACAUGUGUCUCCAGGGUGGCUGAUGUGACUGUGGGAGAAGACAGCCAGACUCUGAGCAAGGUUCCCCCUCCCCUCAAUGUCCCACAGGAGGAGGCUGAAGCUGCUGGGCCAGGAGCCGGGGAAGCAGGCGACAAGCUGAAGGGGCUAACUCUAGAGGAUUCUGGUUCAGAUAUCUGGCCACCAAGACAAAUGACAAACUCUGAGGGUAAGGAGUUAGAAUCUGGUCCCAUAAUUCCUGCGAGACCCUGGGCUGCACCCCACAUCCUAGAGGCUAAUGCCUCUGCGCCUGGGCUGGGCCCCUCUGAAAUGGCAGCAUCACCUCACAGUCCUCUGGAGGCUGACUCGGCCCUUGCUGAUGGCGGAGAACCCCGUAAAGACCCAGCCAUCAGAGCACACUGGACUAGUCUUUGUUCCCAGGAUCUGAGCCAAACCAGACUCCAGGAGUCGUCCGUGGACCCUGUGGACGAACAGGAAUUCUCUGUCUGUGCAGCCGAUGCACCUUCAGGGGCCUCAGAGGAAAAUGCUCACAGUGCCAGUCAAGACCAGAGGGAAAACCAAGUCACAGGGGCCCACCCCGCCUUCCUCGUGCAGUUGCUGACCUGCUCUCACCUCCUAGAGUCGUCUGUGGAUCCCACUGAUGAAGGCGGAGCGGCGGAGGGCACGAGGACUAACGAGCCACAGCCUUCCCAGUCUCCUCUGGGGGGCAUCAGCGAGGGGAGUAAACCAAAUGGCAGAAACUGGGGCCGGAGAUUGGAAGUCCAACCUGUCGGGCGGUGUGUCCUCCAUCCUGGUGAGGAAGGGGAGAGAAUUCCAAGUGGAUGCAGCUUAAGCCAAGUUCAAGAAGGCAGUGACAGGAGCUUAGCGGCUGCUGGACUAAGUAAUAAGGACAAAGCAGAACUUAUUCCCCCCGCUUCAGCUCUUUCUAGUUGUGCAGCAAUGACUCAUGCUUCUGUGGGGGUUAAUACUCAGGACUCCACAGGCCAGGGUCUUGCGGUUCCUGAAAAUGACUUAGAUAAGCCCAGAAACCAUCCACAUGUACUUUCUGACUCAAAGGAAAGGGGACCUAUCGAGAAUGAGUGUGGGAAACACUUUACCUCUUCUACUGAUCUGACCAAGUCUCCUCACACUUCACCUCCUGGAGGAAACAUCAUAAACUUUUCGAUAAGCCAUAGAAUUGAGGACGCUAAAAUGAAGGAGCCUCAGAUUGGGGAAACCGAGCCCUCAGGCUCAUCAGGCCCUCCUGCAGUGACUUUGGCACCCACUUCAAGAGAGUGGGAGUCAGACAAAGCUCAUCCGUUACUGCAGGACCCACGUCCAAAGGCCACCCUGGGCUGUGUGAACAAGCCAAGGGGAGCCCAAACCAGCAAGUUCUCAGGGGCCCGACCGAUAAGGACCGGGUCAGAGGAGGUCAGGAAGAAGCAGGAAACAUCAGGAACUGGACAUUUAGCCGAAGGAGUAAAGAAGAAAAUCCUCUCUAGGGUGGCAGCCCUGAGGCUGCGACUAGAAGAGAAAGAAAAUGUCAGAAAGAACUCGAGCUUCCUUAAAAAGAUGCCUAAACUGGAAAGGUCCUCGUCACACACAGAUGAGAAAAAAGACCCCAAAAAGCCAUCUUGCAAAAGGGAAGGAAAAGCUCCAGUAUUACUGAAAAAAAUCCAAGCCGAGAUGUUCCCUGACCACUCUGGAAAUAUAAAAUUAAGCUGCCAGUUUGCAGAAAUUCAUGAAGAUUCUACUAUCUUGUGGACAAAGGAUUCAAAGUCAAUAGCCCAAGUCCAGAGAAGUGCAGGGGACAAUUCCACGGUUUCCUUUGCCAUCAUUCAAGCCAGUCAGAAAGACCAGGGCCUCUAUUACUGCUGCAUCAACAACAGUUACGGGAAAGUGACUGCUGAAUUCAAUCUCACAGCUGAAGUUCUCAAACAGCUUUCAAGUUACCAGGAUAUUAAAGGAUAUGAAGAGAUUGAAUUCAGCCAGCUCAUGUUCAAAGAAGACUUCCUCAACGACAGGUACUUUGGGGACCGGCUGCGGGGGCAGAUCGCCACGGAGGAGCUGCACUUCGGGGAAGGGAUCCACCGCAAGGCCUUCCGCAGCCGGGUGAUGCGGGGCCUCGCGCCGGUCUUCAAGCCCGGCCACGCCUGCGUGCUCAAGGUGCACAACGCCGUCGCCCACGGGACCAGGAGCAACGACGAGCUCAUCCAGAGGAACUACAGACUCGCAGUCCAGGAAUGCUAUGUUCAAAAUACCGCCAGAUACUAUGCCAAGAUCUAUGCUGCUGAGGCACAGCCGCUAGAGGGCUUCGGAGAAGUGCCCGAGAUCAUUCCUAUUUUUCUUAUUUAUCGGCCUGAGAACAAUAUCCCGUAUGCAACAGUGGAGGAGGAGCUGAUUGGAGAAUUUGUGAAAUAUUCCAUCAGGGAUGGAAAGGAAAUAAACUUCCUGAGAAGAGAAUCCGAAGCUGGUCAGAAAUGCUGUACCUUCCAGCACUGGGUCUACCAGAAAACCAGUGGCUGCCUGCUAGUCACGGACAUGCAGGGCGUAGGCAUGAAGUUAACUGACGUUGGCAUAGCAACGCUGGCUAAAGGGUACAAAGGAUUUAAAGGCAACUGUUCCAUGACCUUCAUCGAUCAGUUUAAAGCACUACACCAGUGUAACAAGUAUUGUAAAAUGCUGGGGCUGAAAUCCCUUCAGAACAGCAACCAGAAACAGAAGAAGCCAAACCCUGGGAAAAGUAAGGUUCAGACAAACUCCAUAGCAGUGAAGAAGACGGAGUCAGGGACUCCAGCAGAAAAGAAAACCUAACAUCCCUGGCUAACUAAUGACCACUGGCUGGCGGCACAUAGUCUUAUGAGUGAAAAUCUGGAGACACACCAGAGAGGAUACACAGCCUGUGCAGAGUGUGUGACAGUCUUUGUUCCCAGCUGCCUGGGCUGUAAGACGCUUCUAAAACCAUCACCUGCCUUCUUCACCGAAAUGAUUUUGGAACAGGAUUUGUGACCAGAUUCACGGAGAGACUGAAUCAAUUGUCAGUCCCAAAGACAGUCUUCUUGUGUAUACGUUUAGCGUUUUUACCACCUCACAUCAUGUGUCUGUUUGUGUAUUUGUAUGUGGUUGUGUUGUCAAGGACUUGGUGCUGAGCAGGGUGUGGCCACUGCCAAAAUGCCUCCCCUCUGACACUAUUCCUAACCUCGGCAUGUCUAGAGGCAUCCUGCCCUGAUGUAAACAGAAAUCAGGAGUUCCCCGCUGGGUCAAGUCAUUGCACUAAUGUCAAAUACGCUGUCAUUGCUGGAGGUGAGUUCUGAAAUGUAAAGCCAUUGCCCACGUUAUUCACACAGCCAGUUACAAUUUUCUGUGUAAUUAAAUUCAUAUUUAAACAGAAAGUGUAAGAUGCAUAUAUCAUCGUAGACACUCGUUCUUUAGAAUUUGUGCCAUAUUUCACAUUCUCUUAUGAUUUAGUAAGCAGAGCGACAGUAGCAGUUCACACAGAGCUAGACAAAACAGUAUAAAGACAACUUAGGGACAGUGUUAUGUCCCCAAAGUGUAUGA